UAAAAAAAACCACACCCAGGAAAAAAAUUCUGCUAAAAUUCUUUAAAAAAAACCCCUAAACAUCAACUAAAUAAAUCCACGAGAAAUAAACAACAUGCGCGUGGUGCAGUGGCUUUGCUAAAUUUUUUCACAUCCUCCACUCCACACUCACUCACUCUCACUCUCCACGGCUGAUCUUGAUCCGUACACCAAAACACACCCAUUGAAAAUAAUACACAAACGCACACGAGAAUCUCGAUAAGCACUCGGUCUCUAGAGUAGUUUAGUCGAAAGAAAAAUGUGUCGAACCUAGAGGAAAAUCCUACACCAAAAGAAGAGAAAAGAGAGAGAUGGGCAACUCCCUGGGGAACUUGUCCUCGUCGUCGUCGAAUCAGCGGAUAAGCGACGUGACCCGCGAGAAAGUGAUGGAGUUGUUCUACGUCCUCCGAGCUAACCCAAAAGUCUCGAUAAACAAGAUCGACGGCCUCCUCUGCAUCAUUCCCAAGAACGAAAACAUCCUCUGCGUGACGGACUCCUCUGGCUACAACAUCCUCCAAAAAACGGUCAGCCUCAACCACAUUGAGAUCGUCCGCUGGAUUUUAUCCCGCUCCAACGUGGACGUUAAUCGAGGGUCCUGCUCACUCCCACUGCACAUUGCUUGCUACAAAGGGUAUAAGGAGUUGGUGGAGAUGAUGGUGCAUAAAUAUAGGGCGAGGGUCGACCUAGAAUUCCGGAUGUGCUGGCCAGGUCCACACCACAUAAACUGCGAGCAACGGAGUCACAACUGCAUCACCCUGGACCACCACCUCCCCCGCCUCGACCGCUCCAGUGACAAGUUGCAGAAUGCGAUUUACUACGCGAUCGACGGGGAUCAUCCAAUAAUUUUAGACAUGUUGCUGCAGAAGGGGGACGAGACCUGGUUGCCCUGGUACGAGGCGAAUUUUAGGCACCAGAAGAGGCCCCUCCUUCACGUGGCCUGCGAGCGAGGCGCCUGGGCCUGUGUUCAAUUCCUGAUAAACGAGCGGGGGGAUGAGAUCAACCAACUCUUCGAUGAAUACUUCCCCAUCCAUCACGCUGUCCUACACGAUGUCAAAUUCUCCAUGAGUCUCCUCGCCGCGGGGGCCCUGGCCACGGUCCGCACCGCCACGGAGAACAUGUCCGCCCUGCACGUGUUAUUCUACCGCAAACGGGGCUCCGCAGAGGACGCCUUGAUAACGACGAAAUUAUUACUCGAUCACGGGAUGAGGGAAAUGAUCAAUGAGCCGGACUCCUUAGGGAACACGGUGUUGCACACGAUCAUUGUGAGAUAUGCGCUGGAGGAGUCCAGGUUUUCGCUGUAUCAGGAGUACACUCCGUGGACCAAGUGGGACGUCCUCCACCUGGUCCGCUACCUCCUCCAGCAAGGGGCCCGACCCUCCAUAAACCAAGCGGGGAACUCGGCCCUCGCCUGUGUCCUGAGGCAUGUGAGGGAUUGGGAGUUUAGAUACGAGUUGUUGUCCAUGCUGUUGCAGGAGGGCGGCGACCCGAACGUCGUGGGCCGAGACGGCUCCGUUCCCUUGAUGGUCUGCCUCGUCCCUCUGAUCAACAAGGACCUCCUUCACAACUUUACUCACAACAUGAAGGUCUUCUACCUGAACUGCAUCCGCAUUUUGCUGAAACACGGCGCCCAAGUGAACUGCUCCUCCCGCACCCACCUCACCCCUCUCCACGUCCUCAUGUUCGCUGCGAGCGAGUACAUGGGGCUCAUGCAGUCGGAGGAGAAGAGGGCCAGUUUCGAAUUCAUCCGCCAACUAUUAGAAUUACUACUCUCAUGGGGCCUGAACCCGAACAUCGCCCUGGGCGGGUCUCGAACCCAGCAUAUUUUGUUGUCCUUGUUGGAGUUGGUCAACCUCGUGAGGAACCCGAGUGAUUUGGACUAUGUUUUCGAUUUGACUCUCACGCUUAUUCAGCACGGGGCCAACGUGGACAUUGACAUUUCGAUGCCGGACAUGAUCUGCCACAGUCAGUCCAGUUUUUUCCUCAAGAAGUCCAGCAAUAAGGUGCUGUACUACUACAUCCAGUGGUUGUGCAAAAAGGAGCACCUCCUCCUCGACCCGGAAAAGAGAUUCGCUAAAAUCAUCAAGCUCUACGCCAUGUGCAUGAAUCACAGAGCGCUGUACACCACCCUGAAACUGCUCCACACCCAGUCGGCCAUCGUUCCUGUGCGAACCUCCCUCUGCUCCACGCUAAAAGAGCUCUACACCAAACCCAGGAGUCUCAUGUCCCAAUGCCGCCUGGUGAUCUACCGCUCCCUCCAACGCUCCCCAGGAAAGUACAUCUCAAAACUGACCCUCCCCCCGCCGCUGGUCAAGUAUUUAAUGGGCUUCGAAUAAUCUCACGCCCACGCCGCUCCACGUCAAUUUUUAUAUGUGUGUAAUUUCUGUGAUAAUAAAGAUAUUUAAUCCUGA